AUGCAGAUGCAGAAGAAUUCAAUGGAACUAGCUCAAGCUAUUAAAGAAUUAGAAGAAAGUACUGCAGCAUUAGAAUCAACUUAUGAAGCAAAACCAUCAGUUCAAAAGAAGUGUAUGUCUGAAGGUAGAAUAUUUCAUACAGUUGAUUAUUACUGUACUUAUAAACAUUUUUAUUCAAAAUCAAAAUCUACAAAAGUUAAGAGUGCUGCAGUUAUUGGUGUCGCUAGUGAGGGUAUGCAUGCUCAAUCUCCCAAAUUAUUUUAUGCAGAUUUGCUAUUAGACAAAUAUUUCACCAUACCACAUAGUGGCUAUAUACAUGAAGCUUAUAAAGCAGCAGUAGCGGCUAAACGCCCAGCUUCAACUUCAGGAUUACCUAUAACUAAUUUAAGAACAAAUAGUUUAAAACGAAAUGGUAACUCAAGUGCUUCGAAGCCACCACCUCCUGUACGUAGAUCAUCCUCUGUGUCAAGUGGAUCGGGGGCUAUAGCUAAGGUUAGAGCUUCACCUCCACACCAGAGAGGACCACCAGUGACUGCACCUAAACCGCCAAGUAAAGUCUUUUCUGGUAAUCAGAACAAUGGUAGGCUAUCUCACGAUGGACCUUAUGCUGAACUGCAAUUAAUACAAAAUAGUAUCAAACAUCAGCAACAGCAAAAACAUAAUUAUCAGCAACAGCAACUUUAUCAACAACAACACUCUGGACCUGUUUCUUUAAAAGCAAUACCUAUAUCACCAGAUAGAUCCAGCACAGGAUCUAUAUCUUCAUCAAUAAGUAGCAGUUCCCAUUAUGCUAUAUCUGUUGUUCAAGGGCAGAAUGUUAGUGACACUCAACACAUGCAAGGCAUGAGCAAUCAGUUUGCCACCAUGAAUAUGCAGCAUAAUGUACAGGGUAGUGAUGAGAUUGAUUUCCCUCUCCCUCCAACUGAUGAUGAACUAAAGGAAAUAGAAAAGAUCUAUAGCAGGCCACCACCCCAGCUACCAGCUGCAAGUGAUUUGGAAUUUGUUAAGGAGUUAAAGCGUAGGGUGAUAGCUGAGGAUGGCUCUGAUGUUUAA